AUGGAAGCCAACCGCACCAAUGCGGACACGUUCAACAUCACCGACAAGGCGCAAUGGCGCGCGGCGCUGCAAUCACCUAGACCUGUCCUGAUCCACCUCAACGCCGACACGACAUGGCUCCUGCAGCUGCCGUACCCAGAAGGCCAGACACCGCCACCGGGCCGCAGCCGCUUCAACCUGCUCAUCGACCCAUGGCUUCGGGGCUCUCAGUCUGACGUCGCAUCGUGGUUCUCGAGGCAGUGGCACGUCGUCGCGUCGAGCGUCCAGACGACGCAUGAGCUCAGCUCACUCGUCGCAUCCGUCGAGAGGCCAGAGGACGACGCUGGUGAUGGGGGAGGAGGAGGAGGAGGAGGGUCUGGUACCUUUAUCGAUGCCGUCGCCAUCUCGCAUGAGUUCACGGACCACUGCCACCAGGAGACGCUCCUCGAGCUGCCGUCGUCGAUCCCCAUCAUCGCGACGACCAAGGCCGCCAAGAUGGUGCGCGCAUGGGGACAUUUCGAAACGGUGACCACGACGCCGCACUUCUCCCCCGACUCGAAGGAGUGGCAGGACGCCUUGCGCCAGUCAGGUCUGCCUUCCUGGCUCGGCAUCAGCCGGAUCGUCACAGAGAGCAAUCCCCUGUAUUUCCACUCGGCCCUCAUGGUCACAUUUGAGAUCGAUGCCGCUGGUGCAUCAGGCCCCGAGGCCAUCAUCUACACGCCCCACGGGCUGCAGGCCUCUGAUCUCGCCCACGUUAAGGCGGCUGGCGUGAGGACACUGGCCCUGCUGCACGGUCUCCAUAGCGUCACGCUGGGCUUGGUGAGGCAGCUGAACCUAGGUGGUCUGAACGGCAUUCGCGCUGCCAGCGAGAGCGGCGCGAAAUAUUGGGUGGCGACGCACGACGAGAUCAAGGGGGGGAAGGGCCUCGUGGCUCCGCUGCUGAACGGGAGCAGCUCACGCUGCAGGAUGCUGUCGAGGCCGAGAAGCAGCGUCUGCGGGGGGGAGAGCUGGCAUGUAGAUUUGAGAAUCUCGGGUCUGGGGAUGCUCUGCUUCUAG